AUGGCUUCAACCGCCAAUUCCGUGUCGGCUGCCAACCGGGCGUCUGGCAAUAACCUGAAUCCUUCCUCACAGAAUACUAGCCGGCAAUCUCUACGAACGAAUACGAGCUUCAAAGGUGCCGAUGCCAACCGACGACAGUCCGCAAGUCCAGGCGAUGGUGCUCAGAGACGUUCCAGCUCUCAGAAAGCGUGGACUCAGGGUAUAAAUCCCAUCACCCAAAAAGUCUCCUCCCAGGCAAACGGCAACCACACUCAAUCAAAAUCCACUCCAUCGCCGAAACCGACCCUGCCGAAAGAUACCACCAAUACCUCUGAUCAACAUGCCCACAGCCGACUUGUCUUUUUGAUGACAAGCUUUGUCGGUCUCUCAGCAACCAUCGCUACCAAGAGCGGUGACAAGUUCAGUGGAAUAUUCUCAUCAUCUACUCUGGACGCAAAUAACGCCUCCAUUUUACUGAAAAUGGUGCGGCCUGUGACUCAGGCAGAACCCCGUGCCAACGGACUCAGCGAUACUACUACUCCUUUUGUGGGAACGGGCCCAGAUCACAGUAUGAACUUUAAAAUGGACGAAAUCGCUGAUAUUGUCGUGAAUAAUGUGACCACUGCCGAAGUGGCUGCCAAGGAUACGAACGGACCCCAAGCCGGGUUUCGCACCGAUACGGAUAUUUCUGGAAGUCUUGCCAUGCGUGAAAGACAUCUACAACGCUGGGAACCUAGCGCUACUGACCCUAGUGUGGAUAUGUCUUUAGAAGAGUCAGGGACAACUGGAUGGGAUCAGUUCGAAGCCAAUGAGCGUCUCUUUGGUGCCACUACCAGCUACGAUGAGAAUAUCUACACUACUCAAAUCAACCGUAACGACCCCUUGUACAAGAAGAAGCAAGCCGAAGCUGCUCGGAUAGCCCGGGAGAUUGAAGGCACUGCGACAGACAACCCUCAUUUAAGGGAAGAGCGAGGCCAUGCAAUCGAAGGCGAAGGCCACGACGAAGAAGAGCGAUACAGUGGAGUGCGCCGCGAUGCAACUUAUUUGCCCUUGCAGACGGGACAGCCAAAUAAGUAUACCCCACCAGCUCGCCGACAGCAAGCAGCUCAACAAACAGCUACCACUUCUGCUGCUGCUGCCGAUCCAGCUAUUAUUUCCGCUCAAUUAGCCAAACCAGAGGCGGUUUCGGAGGCCCCCAUCCCGUCGAAGCCAGCGGUUGUACCUACCAUAACGCUUGAGAAGCAAACCACUGCACCUGUUCCUUCCUCCGAUCAAAAGGCGGCAGCGCCAACAACGGCAACCUCACCACUCAAACGCCCGGGAGCUACCGAGAAUGCGACAUCGAACGUGGAGACAGAAGUGUUGGACCAUUUCCGACAAUUUGCAAAUAACGAGAAAAUGAGAAUGCAAGAACGUCGGCGUAACCAAGCCUCGCAUGACCGUACUGUCAAGCUCAAUGAGCUCAUGAAGUUCUCACAAAACUUCAAGCUUGCUACUCCUGUUCCCAAGGAUCUUGUACCUAUACUUGCGAAAGACCCAAGCAAACAGGAGGAAAUCAUUGAGCGCGCGCAGCGUCAAGCGGAUGAAAAGGCAGCUGCGAAAACGGCAGCACAGCCAGCGGCACCUACGACCGAGCAGAAGCCCAGCAGCAUUUCUCGCACUACGGCACCACGUUCAGAAGCUGGCCCCGCGAACAUUCCUCCAUCUGCGCCAGCUGAUCGUCAAACCCACCGCGGACGACAGGCAUACCCUCCUCAAGGGCCUCAAUUCGGCAUGGGUGGUAGAUUCCAACCACAGACAUUCCAUGGCGGUCGAGGAAAUCUCAGCUCACGCCUGGCAGACAAUUUCCGCCAGCAGAAGAACUCUCUUGGAACAGUUCCUGCGCCUCUACCUAUCCAUGAUCCUCGAAUGCCCCCUUCAGGCCCCUCGGGUGACAAGUCGCAAUCGCAGACUCCUACAUCGACCAAGUUCAAUGCGCAGGCGUCCGAAUUCAGACCGAAUCCAGCUGCAAGCACAUUUACCCCUGGCGGUCCUGCAAGCACUGUGGCUUCUGCCAGCCCACACUUGAGUUCUCGUGGACGCUCCGUUUCUCGUGCUAGCACACCGUCAGCGUUUUUCGGAAACAAGAAGCCGCUACCUGCGGCGGAGAGGCCGUCUCUGAAAACUCAAUGCUCUCCUAUCGAGCGCUUGAAGAAAGAAGGCGCAGAGCAAAAGGACAAGGACUUCACAUUUAAUGGUGGAGUGCCUCCCGCAUAUCGAACUGCGCCAACUUGGGAUGUCGCACCUGGUAAUGAGGAAAAGACAUACAAAGACAUGUUUAAGAGUUCGCGUCCCGCCAUUUCGCCUCAAAGCCGAACUGCGUCAAACCCACACAUUCCACACCCUUUACAUCACCCGUUCAAUCCUCAACAAAACACGCCAGGUAUUCACGCCACUGGUCCUCUUCACGGACCACCUCAUCUUCACCAUCAACAUCCAAACUCUCAUUUUGAUGACCCUCAUCGCAUGCAGUUAUCCGCGUCCACAUCUCACAUGUUCCCGUCGCCAAGACUCCAACAGGCUUAUCCUUCGCCUAUGGUACCACACGCUCAGUUAGCUUACGGUCAACCCAUGCCACAAUUCUACGGAGGACAACAACCUGGUCAUAUGCGCCAGUAUCCCGGUGCUCCUCAAUUUGUCAAUCCUCAAAAUGGAAUGGGUGCACCUAUGAUGGUUCAACAGCCGUCCAGUGGUCCAUACACGGGAAUUCCGCAGGGCAUGAAUGGACAUUACAACCCUCAGAUGCAAAUGUAUUCUCCUAACCCAUCCUAUGCAUAUCCCCAUCACGGUGGGCCUCCUCAACCCCACAGCGGUUAUCCGAGUCCGAGUCGAGGUGCCCCAAUGAUGAUGCAUCAGGGCUCACAACCUGGUCAACCGCCGCAGCCAGUGAUGUACAUGAAUCAAGGCCAACAAGGACAACCAGUGUACGCACCACAGCAGUCUGGUGGUCAUGUCCCCCCUCGCGGAUAUCCACAACAGCCUCAGUUUAACUCUGGCUCUCAUCAUUACCCGCCUCAUCAACAUCGCGGUCCUGGAAACAAUUACAGCCCAAUGCAACAAGCUCCGCCUCCUCAUAUGCAAGGUCAACCGCCCGCCGCACCAGCCAACACCACCGAGGCUGCCGAUGAUGCCAAAUGAAAGCCGCUGGUCUGAUUUGAACUGUCUGUUGGCUCUUAAUGAAAGUAUCAUCACUUCUGGCGUGCCAAGUGAUCUGUAUCCUUCGAAUGCAUUGACUAUUCCUGGAGGCACUGAAAGUAUCGAUUUCAUGAUAUUGCUUAUGGUACACAAACUAUGACGCACGCAGUGAUAGUGGUUGCUUCGAGACUAUCGACAUCAAGUUUAGAUUCAGAUAUGGAUUUACUGAUGCCAACUGGUCCGCGGAGAUCCUCUCUACCGUCUUACAAGGAGGGUUGGAGGGUUCUUCAAGGGCCUUUGUUAGGUGUCCGUCUUAUCGAAUUGGGCGGCGGCGGCGGCGGUGGUCUGGAAAUGGAAGGAACAGUGACUUAUUGUCUUCGGUUGAAUCUAGCAUCCAUACACGCAAUAUCUGUACUGGCUGUAAGCGGUCUGUUUGGAGCUAGCUAGUUUCUAUCUACUUAGGAGGUAUUCUCUAUAAUAUAGCUCAAAAC